CUCCGGGGUGUCAGGGACCCCAAUUUUUUUCCAUGUCGGUAAUCAUAAUGCACGUUUGCAUGUUAGAAAUUGAGUAAAAUAAAUAUAUAAAAACGUAAUGUUGAUGUAAAAAAAGACCGAAAAUAAAUAUUGAUAUGUAAUAUUUUUUGGAUAUAUAGGUCACCAAAGAAUUCUAGUUUAUGAAGCAGUUAUUAUUGAAUUUAGAAAAAUGUUUUUAUCUCAAAUAACAUCUAGCUCGAGAAUGACAAUUAAUAGUUUCUUGGUAUCAUUAAGUAUGAAACAAAUAUGUAGAUCACAUAUUAAAGAGUUUCAUAAACAUCAGAAAGCAAUGUAUUCUGUCUUUAAUGGACAAUCAAAAGCAGAUGUAGAUCCAGAUAAAUUUGGUGAAAUAAAUAAGUGUGACAAUAAAAAAGUAAAUCAGUAUGAACAGAAAUAUGAAGAUUCUGAUUCGAAUAUAUUACAUUUUGAGAGUUCAAGAAAAUCACUAAGUAGUAACUAUAUUUCAGACAUUAAAAAAUUACAUCCACAUCCAUUAUCCAGUCUCAUGAAUAUUUAUACCAUUGUGGAUAAUGAAUUUCAGAAGAACUGUAUAACAGUCUCAUACAAAGAUAAUGGUAACACGAAUAUGUGUCAUAUUACUAUUACAUGGCCUCGUAACAUGAUUUUUGCGUCUGACGCAUCCAAGAAGAAACAAGCUGGACAUAAUGCAGCACUGAAAUGUUUACAGUGGUUGUAUGAAAAUAAUUACAUAAAAGAACAAAGGCCAGUACUAUAUAGUACCAAACAAUUGAAGGAACUUCUUUUGGAAUCUACAAAUCCUAUUCCAAUAAAUAUUGAGUCAGAACUAAAAAAUGAAAUAAAAGUUUUAAUUAAAACAUUUGAAGAUGAUAUAAAAUCAGUAAUAACCAAAUCACCUGGUAUUGAUAUUGAAAAUCCGGACCUAGAGGAAGUAUCAACAAUUAAAGUAUCGUCAAGUGUUUCUGCAGAAUUUAAUGCUACAUUAACAAAAAUGCUGGAAGAAAGGAAAGAUAAAAUCACCAAAUUACCUAUUCACGAUUAUAGAGAAGAAAUACUUAAUUCUUUACAACAUAAUCAGGUAGUAUUAAUUAAGGGAGACACUGGUUGUGGAAAAAGUACUCAAAUCCCACAGUUCAUUAUGGAUGCAUAUACAGAACAAAAUAAAGCAAAUGAAUGUAAUAUAAUUGUGUCUCAACCUCGUAAAGUUGCAGCAAUUUCUUUAGCUGAUCGGGUUGCAUCGGAAAGAUAUGAACGUGUUGGUGAUAUAGUUGGCUAUCACGUACGAUUUGAUAAUAAACUGCCACAACUGCCUGGUUCAAUUGUGUUUUAUACAACCGGCGUAUUAUUACGAGUAUUAGAAACGAAUCCUACUUUAAAAGGAAUAUCACAUGUAAUUAUGGAUGAAGUUCAUGAGAGAAGCCUACAAUCUGACGUGUUACUAAAAUUACUUAAAGAUAUAUUGAAGAAUAAUCCAUCUAUAAAACUUAUACUUAUGUCUGCAACUAUAGAUGUGAAUUUAUUCAAACAAUACUUUUCCUGUGAAGUCAUUGAUAUUCCUGGAAGAACAUAUCCAGUAAAAACGUACUUUAAGGAAGAUAUCGAGAUUUUUAAAAACAACGACGAACGACAGAGAACUGAAAUUCCUUUUGACAAAAUAGUGGAACUAGUGCAAUGGAUUACUAGAAAUAAACCGCCUGGAAAUAUUUUAUGUUUUCUUCCAGGUUGGCAAGAAAUUAAACAUGUACACAAGUUACUUAAAGAAAGAAACAUAAAUUUAUUAAUAUUGCCGCUUCAUUCGAAAGUGCCAUUUGAGAUUCAACAAAAGGCUUUUGAACCAGUUAGUGGAAAAAUUAUUUUAGCUACAGAUGUUGCGGAAAGUAGCAUUACUAUUAAAGACAUUAGUUAUGUUAUAGAUUCUGCUAUUAAGAAAGAAAAGAAAUGGUAUAAAGGUGAUUCUGUACCCGUAUUGCAAGCCAAUUUGAUAUCAAAAUCAAAUCUUCAUCAAAGGAAAGGAAGAGCCGGACGCGUUGGACCCGGUGAAAGUUAUCAUUUAAUUACAAAAGAAGAGUACGAUUCAUUAGACUUACAUCCAGAACCAGAAAUACUUAGAACACCAUUGGAGGAAGCAAUUAUUAUUAGUAGAAAACUUAGUAAUGAAAAUAUAUUUGAUUUUUUUGAUAGUAUGCUUAAUGUACCUGAUUUUGAAACGCUAUUUCAUGCUCGAGAUAAUCUAAAAAAGCUUGGUAUUCUUGAUGACAAUGAAAACCUUACAAGCUUAGGAAAGCGUGUAUCGCAUUUUUCAUUGGAUCCUAGACUAAGUAAAGCAAUAAUCUUGUCCUGUGUUUUCCAGUGUUUAAGACCGAUAUUGUUAUUAACUUCUUUACCAUUGGGCGAAAGUAGUGUCCUUUCAUUGAGCGAAGGGUCAAAUGAAAAAUCAGCUGUUAAAACCAACAAAUUAGAAUUUCAUAAAACGAGCGAUCACAUCGCUAUGAUAAAAUAUUUUGAUUAUUGGAAAUCGUGUAACGAAGAACCUGGUGAUAUUUAUAUUCCUUCCUUCUUUCAUAUGGUAAAGAAGCUCUAUGCAUUGCAUAUGACUGAACUUAAAUCCAGCGGGAUGCUUCAGUCAUCUAAUACCGAAUUCGCAAAUACGUGUUGCGAUAAUAAUGAACUAAUUCGAGCAACAUUAUUUGCCGCUACAAAUUACGUACUAAAGAGAUCAGCCUAUGGAUUUAGAAGACGGUUUUUCGUCAAAAAAGAAUCAUUCACAUCUGAGGAUGGUCGAUCGGUUGUACUUACAAGUACAAGUGUAAACUAUAAGAAGCAAAACUGGCCCAGUAAUAUUUUGACCUAUGUUAGAAAGAUGAAAUUUGCUAGGGGACAUACAGUUUUUGAAACAAGCAUGCUGACACCCCUAUCGGUUUUGUUAUUUAGCCAUAAUGACGUUCGAUGCUGGGAGAGAAAAGCAAGCCUUCCUUUUACUCGGACGAACGAAGUCGUUAUUCGCAUAAAUAAUAUAGAGAAUGUAAAGUUCUGUAGUGACAAAGAAACGGCGGAAUUAUUACUGAGUUUACGAGAUAUAUUAUGGAAGGUAGUAAACUACAUAAUUGAUAAUGAAGGAGGAGAUCUUAAUCAGGAUAAUUUAAUAAUGGUUAAAUCUUAUAAAAAGGAACUGAUUGAUUUCAUUGCAAAUAUGCUGCAGGAAGCAGCGACUGAUAUCGAUUGUACUAAUUAAUUAUAGUAUGUAUUAACAGUAAUUGUAAAUUGUUAUUAGACAAUACUUUCUGUAACUUAAAAUUGAUAUAAAUGAUGUAUAUUUAUAAAUGUAAAAGGCACUUUUAAAUAUAAGAAAUU